AUGGCAGCAGCAGGUGGGGGCGUCUCAGAGCGGGGGUCGCCCCCUGAACGCGAUCGCCGCAGGCCGGUCACUCGCCCUCUCCUCCUCCGGGGCCCCCAGCAUGAUCCGGGUGGGGCAGGGCCGGGGCAGGCCGUGCGUUCCACCAGGGUCCCGAAGCCGCACGAAGGGCGAACGCCCCUGCAGCACCUAGGCGAGAGGAAGGCGGUGUGUGGCGGCUGGGGCACUCCGCCGCUUCACAGCGCCACGAGCAGCUUGCGCUGGCCCAGCCGGGACUGCUUGGUGCGCGCCAGCCGCCGCGUCCCGCCCGCCGCUCGCCUCCUCCCCUGCAGGGGGCUCCUCGCUCCAGCCGAGUCGGGGGCGGUGGCGGCGCUCCUGGGACGCGCCCAGCUCGGCUCCUCCUCCGCGCACUCGCACCCUUUCUCCCACCUCAGGCUGGCGCUGAACAGCGAGCCGCGGCGGCGGAGGCGGCGACGGCGGGGAAGGAGUCACGGCCGCAGGCUGACUAGCCUCUCCCGCUCCGCCCGGUCACCUGCUUCUAAUGCCCGCCGGGAGGCCCCGCCCCAGCCCCGCCCCCUCGAGCUAGGGCUCGGUUGGUGGGCUGCUCCGCCACGCUCUCCGUGCUUCCCCGCCCACUGCCCCGCGAGCUUGGCCUCUCUUCUGGGCGCCCUCUGGCCCCUCCCUGAGCGGGCAGCCGAGCCACGCAGCCCAAUCGCUGGCCGGGACGCGAGAGGGGCGGGGCGAAUGCUAAUCACGCCUUCUUGAGACCCGGGGCGGGAAACCCUCGCUGGAAGUCCCAAGGAGUUCUCUACUGGCGCCCACGGGUGCAGGGCUCACUUUCCUGUAAUGUUCUAGCUUCUGAACCUUUGCUCCCAGAGCCCCCUCCUAGGUCUCCUCUCUGCAGCUAAGCAUUCUUACAGAAUCCAGCGCUUGUUUAAAAGAACCGCUCAAAGAAUCAUUCUUUACCGUGGCACCUGUCCCCACUCUGGGCAGUCCUCAAACCAGGUGAGCUUCCGUCGAGAGAAGACCGAAUGCCUGCUGAGCCGCACUGUGUGCCGGACAGUUGGAAGACUGAGGUGUUUAGCAUACUUGAAAUUCAUUCACACGCUUACAAAGAGGGUCUGAAUUGUUUCCCACUCCCCCACCUCUUCCUUCUGGGGAGGAGGUGAAAAAAGACUGGAGAGCCAGGGAACUUGAAGGACUCAGGACUGGACUAAAGGGGUGAGAUAGGCCGCGGUUAUUAUUCUUGUGUCCUGGAUUCCAUUUUGUACAGAUUGAGAGACUAAAUGGCAGAAUAACCCUCUCCCUCAACAAAGCUCUGUGGGAAAUAAUAAAGAAUAUGUGUAUUAAUCGCAGCCUCAGAAUUUAAAAGGAAUAAAUGUCAAGAGCUUCGCAAACAUCAAAACUAUUAAUAAAUAUGUUUUACAUGUACAUUACAUCUUUCAUUCCUUGGAACUCUACAGGUGUUCAUAUUUAUCUCUUUUGUUUUUUGGAAAUACUUGGCACUCUGGGUGGGCAAACUUCCCAGGGCUGAAAAGUUGUGGGAGUUGAAAAGCCAGGGAAUAGCAGUCAGAAAGGCAGGAAAACCCUCAGUGGAAAGUAUGUGUAGACUGUGAACAUGCCAGGGGAGAGCUGUCUCAUUCUGCGCCCUUUAUGCAACAUGUGUGUU